UCUUGAGAUACACAUUUACGAAACUCGCAUCAAUUUCGCGUCUCCGUCUUUCUUACACGCAGUGAAAACCUCUGACCGAACGGUCUUCGGGCUUUGUGCUAAUUAAUCGGAUAGCAACCGGAUUGGUCGUUAAAUGGACCUAUCCGGACCGCUAUCUCCCAAGGCGAACGCAUUCUCGAUUGCACAUUUGAUAGACGCUUCACAGAUCCCGGGGUUCAUGAACAUCACCAGCUACAACCGACAGACGUACGUUCCAAUAAUGUUCAACUGGGACUCAUUCAGGCUAACCAAAGAUAUGGAGGGUGAGAGGAUAUUUCAGCACCUCGGGUAGACACUAGUGAUAUAAUACCUUCAUUUUUUUUCCCUAUUGUUUAUCGUAGAGAGGCUUCGAAAUGCAGGAACAGGAAAGAAGGUUUCGUCGCCUGAAAAUUUCCCUUCAGACAGCACGAGUUCGUCGCGCGAUUGUAGAAAUAUAGAUGAGCGAUGCUGCACUUCAUCUACUCCUCCAGCCAGCCCACUGGCCUGUUCCUUAGCCAAUGUAAAAGUAGACAUCGAGAUGAAGAAUUUAUGGGACGAUUUUUACUCUCUUGGCACAGAGAUGAUAGUAACAAAGGCGGGAAGGUUAGUCAUUUCUUUCAUAAUUUCACGCCUUUACUAUCGGUGCAACAUGAUAAUUUAUGAGCACGAAUUUUAAUGAAUUGUCAUCUAAAAAACUGCACAAGGGAGAAAAAAUCGAAUUUAGUAGUCUGUGUUCUGCUCAUAGAUAUACUGAAGUUAGCUCUGGGAGUAUAUAUGAGUAACCUUAGCGAAUAUUAUCACCAAAUUCCACGUUCACACCUUUUAUAGACAAUAUUGAUCAUUGAAUUUGGCGUGGGGCGAAUAAUGUGUAAAUUCAGUGCAGAUAGACUAUUUAUAAGCGCUGAUGUUUUUAAUGAAUACACGCUGCAGAAAGCAGCUUACGUUGCUGCUCAAACGGUUUUUGUAAUAAUAUGGGGUUACGGGGGGCCGUGAGUAAAUUGUUCGAAAAUUGUGCGCAAAUUGCUCGUCCGUUAUCUUGCGUUGUUUGAUAACGUACAAGGAAAUCGCUCAUUACUGGCAUGCGACCUGGUGAAUUCCAAAAAAAUAACAUUGCACUGAAUACGUUUAUUUUCAGUGAGAAAGUCUGUUUAUUCCAUUAGCCGGAAAAAAUGUUUUUGAUGUCAUAAUCGGCGCUAUCAUAACAAGGAACCAUUAUGGGGCAGUCUUGUGUUUGUUUUCUCUGAGGACAAAAGCAGUGAACGGAUAGAAACGCGUGUGGCCAUCGGAAUAUAGUUUCUCUCAAUUUUCCCCCAGAAAUACAAAUAAAAAAUACAAACAAGCAGAAACGGCUAUUGUAAAGUAUUCUCCCUGUCCUUCAACGUACUUACGAUUCGAUUAAUUUUCAACAUUCUAAUGUGCUUAUAGAAACCGAGUCACAAGAACUCGGCUAUCGUCACUUGCACACCACCUCUUCGCGGAGCUUUUUUCAAAAUCUUUUUCCCAAUAUUCGCAUAGUGAUUUGCCAGAAAUCAAGCGCUCUGCUAAGUUUUUAAAUGCAAUGCUUUUGCGUUUAUCGUGAACUUAACUUCAAACAAUGACUGAUGUCUGUUUGUGGACUAGAUCAGCCUCAGGCAACUCAUAACCCGGGGGGGUGGGGGGGUCCAAUGAGGACAUUUCACAGCGUCCAUUUUCUAGCUUUAAAGCAUGGAUUUUGUGCUAAGGCUCGCUUUGCUUGCGCGUUGUAGCGCUCUGUUCUUUUUAGUUUGGGUUUACAAAUAGUAGAAGCUAUGAGCAGGCCGAAGGGAGUGCAGUCUAACCCGCGCAAAACGACUGUAGAAUAAAUGGAAGAUUGGGGACACCCGACAUGGUACCUUGGAAGUGCACGAAAGAUUCGGGAAAGGAUUUUACGAAGUUAAGAAUAUGACUAUGCAGAUGAAAACCUUUAUUUGGGGAUAUGUAACCCAUUUACUCUCAAAAUCAAGAUUUAGUCAGGGAACUUUGGAUGAAUUUGAAGCCAUGCGUACAGCACAAGUUUUUGCGCGUUUCUUUGGUGUUAUGAUACAUUUUGUUUUCAAUUAUUCAUUUAGAGCAUUUUGGGGAUGAGUAUAACGAGGACCCAGUAGUUUGUGUGAUUUAUAGCUAUUCGCUAUCUGCAAUUUUAGUUUUUCAGAGGGGUCUUCACAUUAAAAGGGUGUGCCAUAGAAGAUUUUAAUCACAUUUUCUUCAUCUUUGGUAAUUAAGAGUAGUAACUUCUCACCGGCGUUGUAUUUGAUUCAGUUUCUUGAUUUGAAAUGUUUCGAUUAGAAUUUGGACUUUUAUUGUGAAUUUUAUUUUUGGCUUCUAUCAGGAAAGUACAGGCGCAAAGGAAAGAAAUAUCUUAAUAAAAACCGCACCUCAGGGCUGUUUAAUCCAAGUGAUACUAUUUGAAGCAGCUUAAACCCAAGCAAAGUGCAUGCUUAUUGAAAGUCGCUCAAUUCUCACCCACAGUCUGUUAAAGGAGAGCAUCAUUUUCUCUGGAAGCUAACUGAAAUAAUGGUCUCAAAUUUUAUCGCAAAUGGAACACUAUUUCGAAUACAUUAGGGUACAGAUUUGUAGCUGGGGGCGGCGCCCCCCUGGGUAAAGCUCCUUGAAUUCCCCCCCGGAAAGAUCACUGGUAUUCAUCGAGACCUGUAAUUUGACAAAAUAUUUUUCGGACGCAAUUCUAUCAUAAAUCAAAAGUAGCGCGAAACGCCAUGCCUGUCAAAAUGUUGUAAUGAGUUGAAACAUUAUGUUUGGCGGCUUGUCUUUUCCCCUGCUUUUGGAAUUUUCAAUUUUUGAAUAAUCAUAGGCGCCUUUCGUAUGAGGUAAACCGCGGAAGUAAGGAAGUAGAAAUCGGGCCUUCUAGAGAUCUCACCGAAUCGAUGCCAAGUGUGUAAUUGCUUUCUAAGAGGAUGCAUUUCUUGGCUCAAAUUCAGUCGUUCUCUAAAAAAAAUAGUAGGCCACUUUUUUGCUAGCCUUCCAAUACGAGAGAUGGCUGUAUUCGCAGGACAUCUUUUUGGCGAGUCAAUCGUCAUUUGUAUUAACAUGUUUCUUUUUAGUAUUCUCUUGGACUUAGAGAAGCUAGUGCUAGCGACAAUAGUUAUCCAUUGUAAUAUUCACGACGCAAAUUGACGAAUAAUUCCGAAAUUUAACCCUCUACCGUUCUCUACUACCUCGCUUUUAACACAGAACUAGUGACUCAUUUAAAAACCAUCGAAACACUUAGCAUGCCGGAAAACGACAAACCAAGAGAGACGGAAAAAAUAAUCUCCAACCUCCCAUUAGGAAGUUCUUCAUCUUUGUAGGGGGGCAAGAAGGGCUGGAUAGUGAAAAAAAACCUCCACUUUGGCAUACCGGGCUAUUGCCAGUGCGAAAUUUUGUAUGAUGUCUUUUUGACAUGAAAAGUCGCGAUCUUUCGUCUCCAGCCACAUAAACAGGGAGAACCGUGAGAAUAUACGGCUCUGCUUACGUCCGUUUGACGCGAGAAAUAGCCAUGAAAGGGUUUUAAUCGGGUUUAACUACUUUCACCUAUCAAGCCUUAGAAGUUAGAGUCAAUGUAAAGCGGUUUGGGUAUGUAUUCCUUCAGGUGAAAGCAACACUGCACAACGCGGAUGAAAUCGAUUUGCGACCAUGAUUGUUAUGUAAGAAGGAGUGAUAUUUUAGCGUCCCGUCUUAAUGAAGGAUGAAUGUGCAAGGUGAUCUCUGGACAAAACCGCACAGGAAAAUUAACUGUGUACUAGAAUAACAACUGCAGGAGUACUUACAUAAUAAACAUAAUGAUAAAGGUCACAGGUUGUUUUAUCCGAUGUCUAAUUUUAGAGCUGAGGGUGAACAUGAGCAGAGACUAAAUAUUCUUAGUGCUUUCCUGUUUGAGCUGAAACAUUCUUAGCAUGUUUCUAAGUUAUAAGGCUAUGGUAGUUUGUUAUAAGUCCCCAAUCUACUACUUAAGCUGUAUUUAGUUUAGAAUGGCAACGAAACAAUACCUUGAACUCUACAAUGUUUUAUUUUAAAGCUGCUUCUUGCGCUGUGCCUUGCUACGUUUAGAUAAAAACUAAUAAAUUGAUAGAAAUUUCUGUUAUUAUAAGUGUUUCUAGCUAAAUCACUAUUUUUUUAGGUCUCACUCCUUUUCUUUUGUAUGUAUUUUUGGUCAAUAGUCUACCUCAACGUUCUUAGAAAAGAAGUUCUCGUAAACUCAAUGAGCGUAAAGAACUCAGUUACAUGCGUUUUGCGUCUCACCAGUAAAGUGAAUUCCUCGUGUGAGUGCUGUGUUACUGACUGGCUCCCCUGAGCAACGCAGGUUCAAGUUGCUGUAACUUUAGCAUGCGAUAAAAGAAUGACUUAACCGGAAAAUGUGUACCUCUAAACCACCAGGCAGAAUGAGGACGCACCUCAUUGCAAGCCUUUUGGAAGUGCCAUUCGCAGAUAAGCAUGCGUUUAAAUUGGGCCAAACGUGAAAUCGAAAGACAUUAAGUGAAGGCACGAUUACUACAACGCCACCGCAACCCGGUGCUUUCAAUAGCAGCCAAACAGAGACAAGCUAAAAACCUUACUUUGGAAACCUUGCUAUAACUUCAGCUCAGCCCUCUAUAUUCCGGAAUUGACAAUGACAACAUGAAAUAAGUCAGUCUAUCUUUUGAUUUUCUGGAAGAAGUCCUAUGGUGUGACUAUUCAAAUACAAUCUCUUCAGCCGACCUUUCGUCUGACAUUUUAUGUCUUUUGUAGUAUUCUACGAUUUUAAAUUUUGCAUUUUUCCUGAGUUGAUUUAUGGCCAUAUUAGGAGGGAAUAUGGCUCAGGCUGCACAAGGUAUUUCUCUAUUAAUAUUCUUCGCAGAAUAAAGUAUGCCUCGCGGCUAAAGCAAGGGUUAUUUCGGGGCACUUAAACUACAAAAAAAAACAACAACAACAACAGCAAUUGGGCUUCUUUUGGCACUGUUUCUCAUUUGCCCGGUUUUGAAAUACUGCAUCGAACUAUAUUUGGUAAAAAACUCGUGAGGUCGACUUGUAGCAAGUCUAUAUAUUUGGCUGCCUACUUUUCCGUUCUAUUUUCGUUUAUUGUUUCAGUGGAGUUGAAAGGUUAACGCCCUGUACUAAUAGAAAUCAGUGACGUAUCUCCCAUUAACCCACUGCUGCUAAAAUAGUUUGUACUGAGCUCGACAGACACUGAUUCUCUAUCGUUAUACAGUUUCACACAGAAUUCAUGGCCAUACUUAAGCAAGGUUAAGCUUAUUAUAGUGACUUAUGAGUUUGUAGAGGAUAUCCUAAUUAUCACUAAGAAUACUUGAGUAGUCUGCAGUUGAGUGAUAUUAUUUUUUAUGGUUUUGUACCUGAAUUAUCAGUGAAAAUCUUUGUGGUUUAGGAGUGAUAUGCAAGUGAACGUUUAUCUCCUUUCAGUUAAGUAUCAUUACUGUUUACUAUUCGGCUGUAUAAGUUGUGGGGUUCGAUUGCCCAAGACCUCAUCGCAAGAUUGAUAAUACCAUUGCCUCUGUCUAUACCCCCGUUCUUAAAUUAGUGUUACCGGUUUGGUUUAUUGUGGCUCAUAGAGAUCCAUAUUUGGGUGGCAGUUUCCGUUUCAAAGUAGAGAAUUCGCUAUACUUGAAUUUUUGCGUAGAACAAUCUGUCUAUAUCGGUUUCACUGAGCUCUUGUGGCUCAACCUUUCAAAGAAACCCUCGGCCACCUCUUGACAAUCAUCUAGAACGCAUGUGUCUCUCUCCGCAUGUCUUUGUUUACCUUUGUCUACAUCGAGUCUACAGCAAAUAAACAUUUUUAAUCAAUAUGUAAAGUAGUAGGUUUUCCAUACUGGACAUGAUGUUUCAGCUUUAUCCUAUGAAUGAUUUCUAUCAAUUGAUAUAACAGAGAAGUAGUUCCGAUAAACCUAUAUAUCAGUGAUUGCCAUUGUUUUCGUUGUUGCCAUUUUUUGUGAACCCUUCGUGAACCUUUUAACUUUGUUUGAAUGAACCUCUUCACAUAUUUAAUAGCUUUUUUUUCCUCUGUGUGUGUGUAAAAUAAAACGAUAUUAAAGGGCUAACCAGGUCAUCUUUACUUUGAGUUAACACAAAUGGUGUGUCUUUAGAUCAGCAAAAUAGCUUCUAUGUUACAUGCUUCACAUACAUCGUUUUAUUGAACUGAAGUAAUAGUAUGACAAACAGCCUUCGAAUGGUAAGAGCGUCAACGCCCAAAACGUUAGUCGGUUUGGAAUAUUUUCAGUGCUGGCUAAAUUAGCUUGAUAACCUUAAAUGAUAACAGACUUUAGUGCUUCACUCUCGACAACUGACUUUUAUUAGAAGUUAAUUAGCUGAGAUGGCGCGAUCAUUUUCUUUUUGUAUCGCUGGUUUUCCGAACAGUGCACGAAAUUGUGAGUUGAGGAUAAACACUUCUCUGAACUGACCUCUAAAUCUUUUUUUUCUCCACAGGCGCAUGUUUCCACCGUUCCAAGUGAGACUUCACGGACUGGACCCUACAGCCAAAUACAUUCUUAUGAUGGACUUUGUCUCAGUGGACGACAAACGUUACAGGUACGCGUUCCACAGUUCCAAGUGGCUGGUGGCGGGCAAAGCAGACUCCAGUGUACCCGGGAGAGUACACAUUCAUCCCGACUCUCCCUGUACUGGACAGCAAUGGAUGAAACAAGUCGUGUCUUUUGACAAACUUAAACUCACAAACAACCUGAUGGAUGACAAUGGACAUGUAUGUGGUGUUUCGUAUUGGCGUAGGUUAACGUUAGUUAAAAAUCGAAAUCAGUGUUGCUCGGCUUUUUUUAAUUUUUAGCUAAGAUAAGAAAAUAGCACGAUAUGAUAAGAUCACCUGAUAGUUAGACAGCCAAACAUUUUAUUAGUUAACUGGGACGUUAUGGUAAAAUCCAAAUGUUAUUGAAAUUUCUUCACCCUAUCCGGUCUUUCAAGCUGUUUAUUUUACUGAGCCAGUGAAUAGCACUGGAUCAAAACACCCUCUGGCUGGAGAGAAGCGUGGAUUUAGAGGAGGUGGAGGGGCCCGUAGUCCGUCCUUUUGCUUGCAAUUGUGUUAAAGUUGUGAUCUAUUCUCAAUGCAGCCAGCCAAAAACAAUGCCUGUAAUGCUAAUAAGAGAUAGGGUACUUUCUUCCCAAUAGCGCGCUAUUGGGAAGAGGAACUUACCUUUAAAUAAAAAACCCACAAUGCACAGCCACGAAUAGGAUAGCCGGUGCGGGCUAGACGUGGCGUGCUAGUGUAACGUAAUAGAGUUUUAGACUAUUCUAUUGCGGAGUCCCCUAAGAAAAUACUUAAGAGUUCUUAGUAAAAUGUGGCUUCUAAAGCCUUAAUAUUGGAUAGAGAUGCUUGAAACCAAAAAUAUAUAUGUGUGGCGCAUGGCAAGUCUCCGGCCCAACCUUUCUGAAUUUUUUGAAUCCGCCCGGCACCCAGACGUGCUUUUCCUUUUAGUACGUAGUAAGUUUUUGCCACGAAUUCACGUAUGCUCAAGCGGAACCGAACCCGACAUUUCUUUUGCUUAUCUUCUAAUCGCCGGAACUUAUUACCUUGCUGUUAUUGUAAAGUAUUCACUAACAUGUACCCCCAGUGCUAUCACCUUGUUAGCCUGCGUGGCAGGCGUUUGAGAAAGGUGCGAGAGAAGUGCGAGGGGCGCGCGAGGAGCGCCCCUCGCGUUUCGCGUUUCCCUCGCGCCCAAAACCCCCUUUCCCUUCCCUUUCAAACGCCUGCCACGCAGGCUAUCACCUUGUUAUUACCUACAGACCGGCAUACGUUAACUGAGCUACCAUAAUUAGGUUUUAUUUCCCUCUCUAACUAAUUCAAAUUCUUCAGUUUACUGCGGUUGUUUUUGUAUUCAACUCUCGUCUAACUAACCUUGCAAUGUCCAAAAACAAAAUGCUUAAUUGUCAGCUUACUAAAUUAUAAAGGCAUCAAAUCGCUUUGAAAAUUAGCAACUUGUCCAAGUAUGUGAUCAUUUAUAAAGAAGGCAAAACAGAUUGCGAAGAAGGGCCCGCAUUUGUCGUUAAGAGUCUUCAGACGUCUUUCCUUGAAUGCACGGUUUCAGAGCUUUUAGCGUGCUCUUCACUGUUAGGGUUUCGUCAUUAAAAUCUCUUUCCUUUGCGGUCUUCCUUUUUGGCUCCAUUCCAGGCUGUUCUGCAGAAAAACUUUGAAGAUAAGAAAGGGAUCACCAACCUCUUCUUGAUAACGUUAAUGAUGAUCAUUACGAUAACAAUGAAUGAUGACCGUUUUGUUGUUGUUUUUGCUCUUAGAUUAUACUCAACUCCAUGCAUAAGUACCAGCCUCGAUUUCACGUUGUACUAGACAACCAAGAAAAGAGUACGAUGACCAGUGCUCUAAGAGCGAGUACGGAACAUGUAAAAACCUUCGUGUUUCCUGAAACGCAAUUCAUGGCUGUAACGGCUUAUCAAAACCACAUGGUAGGUCCUUUUCGAUUCCUUCACAUUGAUUCCAGAGGAAAAGGAUUAGAGUGUCUAGCCAGUAGCUCAUUAACCAUUCUCAAAAUUCUUUCCAGCCAGGGGAAUGCAUAGUUACCGGAAGAUGAAUAAAACUGUGGGAAAUAUUGUUUGAUCUGUAGACCUCAGUUUUAUGUUUUUUACAAGAUGAUUCUUACACUCAAACUGUUUAAAGAUCUGUUCAAUUUUUGAGUAAAUGAAUUUUGAAAUAUAGAAGUCAGACAAUGGUUGUAUCAGAUCAUUGAGAGUUGGUAUGCACUGGGACUAUUGUUAAACCGCUCGUAAUCCUUUACCACACCAUGUUCAUUCUAGGCUCAGUACGGUUCUAUAGCUCCUACUCUACACCUUACUGGUUACCGUCCCUACUCCCUACAGAGGGGUUCUUAACCCUUUACGUACCAACAUGCACAUACAAAUUCUCCAAACUGAUCUCAUCCAUUUCCUUAAAGAAUGAGUUGAGAGGAUUUGAUAACAGAUCAAGACAUUUUGUCUGUGCUGAUCAUUUUGUUAAUUCUCAUAAUCGUAUUUCUUGACAAUGUUUGGAUAUCGUUAGGAGAAAAUUGAUGUUGGUCACUAUUGGCACUGUUUUAUAUUCUUCGCAGAUAACCCAACUGAAGAUAGCUAGUAACCCUUUCGCUAAAGGAUUUCGUGAUUGUGACCCGGAUGACUGGUAGGCGUGGCCUGGUUGAAACACUUUACCUACACUCUUUCAUGUACACAACAUGCUGCAAGAAAUUCGUGUUUUAAAUUAAUGUCCCACUCGAAAAUAGCAUAGCUAAUCGAGUCAAUAGUCUCAAGCUCAGCGGCCACCUUGCCUGCGCACCACCGACAUCGUUCUUUCGAAUACAAAAUGCUGGGAAAGUACUUGCCUAGUGCCUAGGCCUCAUUAUUCCGCGCGGCCUAUGCGUUCCUAUGCGUCACCUAAAUGCAUUGACCGAGAAGGCCCGGGAAGAAGCCUUACAGAGACUAGGGCGAGUGCAGCCGAAUUUUUUCACAUGAUGACAUGACCUCAGGUUUUAUCAAAUGAGCCACCAGUGUUUUCAUUGAAUUUGUCUCCGGGAGAAAUUUCUUGCAACUGAUAAAAAUUUAUUCCGUCCUCUUUUCUUUCCUAAUUUGGCAUUAAUGCUACAAAGUUUGCUUAGGUUAAAUUUUAUAUUGUUUUAAAAUAAUGUUUUACUUUUUAGGGCGGUACCUAGCUUUGGUAUUAAUGUUUUUGAAUUUGUUUGAUGCGUACACAUUGUCAAAAAGGUGGCUAAGCUCUUAGGUGUUACAUAAAUAUAUAGAUAAAUAACAAACUAAAAUUUAUUUUUAAAAAAAUCAAUAGGAUGACAUUGUAAUCGAUUGUUGUUGGGUUAUGUCUUUAGAUCAGCAAAAUAGCUUCUAUGUUACAUGCUUCACAUACAUCGUUUUAUUGAACUGAAGUAAUAGUAUGACAAACAGCCUUCGAAUGGUAAGAGCGUCAACGCCCAAAACGUUAGUCGGUUUGGAAUAUUUUCAGUGCUGGCUAAAUUAGCUUGAUAACCGUAAAUGAUAACAGACUUCAGUGCUUCACUCUUCUACAACUGAGUUUUAUUAGAAGUUAAUGAGCUGAGAUGGCGCGAUCAUUUUCUUUUUGUAUCGCUGGUUUCCCGAACAGUGCACGACAUUGCGAGUUGAGGAUGAACACUUCUCUGAACUGUCCUCUAAAUCUUUCUUUUCUCCACAGGCGCAUGUUUCCACCGUUCCAAGUGAGACUUCACGGACUGGACCCUACAGCCAAAUACAUUCUUAUGAUGGACUUUGUCUCAGUGGACGACAAACGUUACAGGUACGCGUUCCACAGUUCCAAGUGGCUGGUGGCGGGCAAAGCAGACUCCAGUGUACCCGGGAGAGUACACAUUCAUCCCGACUCUCCCUGUACUGGACAGCAAUGGAUGAAACAAGUCGUGUCUUUUGACAAACUUAAACUCACAAACAACCUGAUGGAUGACAAUGGACAUGUAUGUGGUGUUUCGUAUUGGCGUAGGUUAACGUUAGUUAAAAAUCGAAAUCAGUGUUGCUCGGCUUUUUUUAAUUUUUAGCUAAGAUAAGAAAAUAGCACGAUAUGAUAAGAUCACCUGAUAGUUAGACAGCCAAACAUUUUAUUAGUUAACUGGGACGUUAUGGUAAAAUCCAAAUGUUAUUGAAAUUUCUUCACCCUAUCCGGUCUUUCAAGCUGUUUAUUUUACUGAGCCAGUGAAUAGCACUGGAUCAAAACACCCUCUGGCUGGAGAGAAGCGUGGAUUUAGAGGAGGUGGAGGGGCCCGUAGUCCGUCCUUUUGCUUGCAAUUGUGUUAAAGUUGUGAUCUAUUCUCAAUGCAGCCAGCCAAAAACAAUGCCUGUAAUGCUAAUAAGAGAUAGGGUACUUUCUUCCCAAUAGCGCGCUAUUGGGAAGAGGAACUUACCUUUAAAUAAAAAACCCACAAUGCACAGCCACGAAUAGGAUAGCCGGUGCGGGCUAGACGUGGCGUGCUAGUGUAACGUAAUAGAGUUUUAGACUAUUCUAUUGCGGAGUCCCCUAAGAAAAUACUUAAGAGUUCUUAGUAAAAUGUGGCUUCUAAAGCCUUAAUAUUGGAUAGAGAUGCUUGAAACCAAAAAUAUAUAUGUGUGGCGCAUGGCAAGUCUCCGGCCCAACCUUUCUGAAUUUUUUGAAUCCGCCCGGCACCCAGACGUGCUUUUCCUUUUAGUACGUAGUAAGUUUUUGCCACGAAUUCACGUAUGCUCAAGCGGAACCGAACCCGACAUUUCUUUUGCUUAUCUUCUAAUCGCCGGAACUUAUUACCUUGCUGUUAUUGUAAAGUAUUCACUAACAUGUACCCCCAGUGCUAUCACCUUGUUAUUACCUACAGACCGGCAUACGUUAACUGAGCUACCAUAAUUAGGUUUUAUUUCCCUCUCUAACUAAUUCAAAUUCUUCAGUUUACUGCGGUUGUUUUUGUAUUCAACUCUCGUCUAACUAACCUUGCAAUGUCCAAAAACAAAAUGCUUAAUUGUCAGCUUACUAAAUUAUAAAGGCAUCAAAUCGCUUUGAAAAUUAGCAACUUGUCCAAGUAUGUGAUCAUUUAUAAAGAAGGCAAAACAGAUUGCGAAGAAGGGCCCGCAUUUGUCGUUAAGAGUCUUCAGACGUCUUUCCUUGAAUGCACAGUUUCAGAGCUUUUAGCGUGCUCUUCACUGUUAGGGUUUCGUCAUUAAAAUCUCUUUCCUUUGCGGUCUUCCUUUUUGGCUCCAUUCCAGGCUGUUCUGCAGAAAAACUUUGAAGAUAAGAAAGGGAUCACCAACCUCUUCUUGAUAACGUUAAUGAUGAUCAUUACGAUAACAAUGAAUGAUGACCGUUUUGUUGUUGUUUUUGCUCUUAGAUUAUACUCAACUCCAUGCAUAAGUACCAGCCUCGAUUUCACGUUGUACUAGACAACCAAGAAAAGAGUACGAUGACCAGUGCUCUACGAGCGAGUACGGAACAUGUGAAAACCUUCGUAUUUCCUGAAACGCAAUUCAUGGCUGUAACGGCUUAUCAAAACCACAUGGUAGGUCCUUUUCCAUUCCUUCACAUUGAUUCCAGAGGAAAAGGAUUAGAGUGUCUAGCCAGUAGCUCAUUAACCAUUCUCAAAAUUCUUUCCAGCCAGGGGAAUGCAUAGUUACUGGAAGAUGAAUAAAACUGUGGGAAAUAUUGUUUGAUCUGUGGACUUGUUUUAUGUUUUUUUACCAGAUGAUUCUAACGCUCAAACUGUUUGAAGACAUGUUUAAUUUUUUGAGUAAACGAAUUUUGAAAUAUAGAAAUUAGACGAUGGUUGUAUCAGAUCAUUGAGAGUUGGUAUGCACUGGGACUAUUGUAAAACCGCUCGUAAUCCUUUACCACACCAUGUUCAUUCUAGGCUCAGUACGCUUCUAUAGCUCCUACUCUACACCUGACUCGUUACCGUCCCCACCCCCCUAUAGAGGGUUCUUAACCCUUUACGCACCAAUAUGCACAUACAAAUUCUCCAAACUGAUCUCACAAAUUUCCUUAAAGAAUGAGUUGAGAGAAUUUCAUAACAGAUCAAGGCAUUGUCUGUGCUGAUCAUUUUGUUAAUUCUCAUAAUCGUAUCUCUUGACAAUGUUUGGAUAUCGUUAGGAGAAAAGUGAUGUUGGUCACUAUUGGCACUAUUUGAUAUUCUUCGCAGAUAACCCAACUGAAGAUAGCUAGUAACCCUUUCGCGAAAGGAUUUCGUGAUUGUGACCCGGAUGACUGGUAGGUGUGGCCUGGUUGAAACACUUUACGUACACUCUUUCAUGUACACAACAUGCUGCAAGAAAUUUGUGUUUUAAAUCAAUGUCCCACUCGAAAAUAGCAUAGCUAAUCGAGUCAGUAGUCUCAAGCUAAGCAGCCAUCUUACCUGCGCACCACCGACAUCGUUCUUUCAAUACAAAAUGCUGGGAAAGUACUUGCCUAGUCCCUAGGCCUCAUUAUUCCGCGCGGCCUAUGCCUUCCUAUGCGUCACCGACUGCGUCACCUAAAUGCAUUGACCGAGAAGCAGCCGAAUUUUUUCACAUGAUGACAUGACCUCAGGUUUUAUCAAAUGAGCCACCAGUGUUUUCAUUGAAUUUGUCUCCGUCCUCUUUUCUUUCCUAAUUUGGCAUUAAUGCUACAAAGUUUGCUUAGGUUAAAUUUUAUAUUGUUUUAAAAUAAUUUUUUACUUUUUAGGGCGGUACCUAGCUUUGGUAUUAAUGUUUUUGAAUUUGCUUGAUGCGUACACAUUGUCAAAAAGGUGGCUAAGCUCUUAGGUGUUACAUAAAUAUAUAGAUAAAUAACAAACUAAAAUUUAUUUUUAAAAAAAUCAAUAGGAUGACAUUGUAAUCGAUUGUUGUUGGGUUUUCUUCUAAUUAUUUAGCGUGGUAGAAGUUAUAAAGCAAGUAGAACCCGGCAACAUGGUACCAAGUUCAAAGUCUCGGAUUCAAGGAGAGGUGUUCUCUCCUAAGUCUUGUGCUUCUGGGAGUGAAGAAGGAGAAAGCUUAACAGGUUUGUGUUGGCCAGUCCUUCCUUUUGUAAAUGGCUUGGGUAGAAUGAGGAAAACGGCUGGGGCAGCUUUUGAUGUGGACUUGCACCACCAAUAAAACGUUCCUGUUUCCAUAAAAUCAUCAUCCAAAGCUUUUAACUUAAAAAAUUAUUUGCCUUUAACUCACGAUUUCCACGCUCUUGUCUUUAGGAUCCAUGGCGACUGUGACGUCACCUUUGGUACCCAUGGGCCGUGUUCUUCCCUCGCUAACGCUCCCCUCCAUAACAGUUCCCUCGUGUACUCCCAUCAUAAGUCCAACCAUUACGUCACCGCUACUACAUCCCCACCCUACCUCGCCCGGGACAUCAACUUCCGUGUAUCGGGGAUUUCCACCAUUACGUGACCAUCGCAGCGUACCUUAUCCAUCGCCGUAUUUAAGGUAUAAUUCAGCACCGCAAAGCGAAAUACCUGGUUAUCAAUCUCCACCGGGGACAAUAUCAAGUCAAUGACAGAACAUUGUGAGACUGAAAAUGAAAUCUUGAGGACACAAACGAAUUUCUUACAUAGAAUCGAUGUUGGUGGGCAAUAGCAGAAGCGCGGAUACUCUCAAGAGCACCGGACCCGAGACUGGUUAAGUGUUGUAUCGAAUUGCACUCUGGGACUGUUUUGGGGACACUAUCGCUUCCUUAUUUGGCUUUAAAAAAGUUGCGUAGGAGACUGGGUCAAAAUUCGUCUCUCAAAACAGUGCGCAAUUCGAAACAACACCAACCCCGACAGUCUCUAGAGCAAACUCCAAAUGGCCAAUCCCACACCAAGACGUUGCCUUUCUCCAAUGCCAACCUAAUGCCACAACCUAUUAAAUGCCUCUUGAUCAUUAGAGAUUUGUUCAAUAAUGUUUCGUUCGCAGACGCAAAUUUUCAAAAGAUUAUUUAAGUUAAUACAGCGUCAUGAUCACUUGAUUCCUACUUACUUCCGUUCCCGGCUUGAUUUUUAUAUAGCUUUCUUCGCGCUCGGUAUUGUGUGUACAGUUUGUAUCGAUAAUUUUCUUUGUAAGUAGGCUUGAGCAAGCUCUGGUGAUAGGUUGCGCUUAAUUUUCACGUAAAAGUAAAAGGCUAGUAGUGAAUUCCAUUUUAAAAUUAGUUAUACGUUUCAGUUUUAAUGUUAAUGCCAGAUUACCGUGAUUUCACUUCACUCAACGUUUUAUCUUUUCGUCGUGGAACAAAACAAUUUCUCGUUUCCUUUUUUUCCCUUUCAUUCGCCAGCGUAGUAUACCUCUUUUUAAAAUUACAGAUGUCAAAGGUAACUAAGAGAGCUUUCCAAAA